UCUCCACGAGACUCCCGUCCCUCUCCAUUACGUCACUCCUCCACGGAGCUCUCGCGGGAUCCGGCGCGAUCUAGCGCGUGCGUGGGUGGGGGGGUUGCUUCCGCUCGCUGCCGUUCCACGCCCCCUCUCCGGCCCCGAUUCUCCCCAGCGGGAAAACUGCGUCUUCGCCUUAGGAGGAGGCUUCGCGGGUGGAGCUGCCGGCUCAGCGGAAGAGAAAGGCGGCGGCUACGGCUGAGAGAGAAGAAGCCUGCCUGGAGUCCUUGUGGGUCUUGAGGCCCGGCGCGACCCCUGCCCUUUGACCCCCUGCCCGCAACCUUUGACCUUCUGACCGCCCCUCCUGGGCUGAGGGGGCUGCGCGAGGCCACUGGGAUAAAAGAGCAUUGCCGAAAUGUCUGACAGUGAGGACAGCAACUUUUCUGAAGAUGAAAGCGAGCACAGCAGUGAGGCAGAGGAGGUAGAGGAGAAUGAGGCAGAAGAAGAACGUGCCAGUGUUGUAGGCAGUGAAAAAGAAGAAGUGGAAGAAGAGGAGGAAGAGGAAGAGGAGGAGGAAGACUAUGAUGAAGAAGAGGAUGAGGAAGACGAUGAUCGGCCUGCAAAGAAACCUAGACAUGGAGGCUUCAUUUUGGAUGAAGCUGAUGUGGACGAUGACGAAGAUGAAGAUCAGUGGGAGGAUGGUGCAGAGGAUAUCCUGGAGAAAGAAGAAAUUGAAGCGUCCAACAUCGACAAUGUGGUUCUGGAUGAGGAUCGUUCUGGGGCACGGAGACUGCAGAACUUGUGGAGGGACCAGCGAGAGGAGGAGCUGGGCGAAUAUUACAUGAAGAAAUAUGCCAACAAAGGACCUGGCGAGAUGUUCUACGGGGGCUCUGAUGAGCUUUCUGAUGACAUCACCCAGCAGCAGCUGCUGCCCGGAGUCAAGGAUCCCAACCUCUGGACAGUGAAAUGUAAGAUUGGAGAGGAGCGGGCAACAGCCAUCGCCCUCAUGAGGAAGUUCAUUGCCUACCAAUUCACAGACACACCCCUGCAGAUCAAGUCAGUGGUCGCCCCCGAGCACGUGAAGGGCUACAUCUACGUGGAGGCCUACAAGCAGACCCACGUGAAGCAGGCCAUCGAGGGGGUGGGCAACCUCCGAAUGGGCUACUGGAACCAGCAGAUGGUGCCCAUCAAAGAGAUGACGGACGUGCUGAAAGUGGUGAAGGAGGUGACCAACCUGAAGCCCAAGUCCUGGGUCCGGCUCAAGAGGGGCAUCUACAAGGAUGACAUUGCUCAGGUGGAUUAUGUGGAGCCGAGUCAGAACCAGAUCUCACUGAAGAUGAUUCCACGCAUAGAUUUCGACCGCAUCAAAGCCCGAAUGAGUCUGAAAGACUGGUUUGCAAAACGGAAGAAGUUCAAACGUCCCCCACAGCGUCUCUUUGAUGCUGAAAAGAUCCGGUCUUUGGGAGGAGAUGUGGCGUCUGAUGGGGAUUUCCUCAUCUUUGAGGGGAAUCGCUACAGCCGGAAAGGUUUCCUCUUCAAGAGCUUUGCUAUGUCUGCCGUGAUCACAGAAGGAGUGAAGCCCACUCUGUCUGAGCUGGAGAAAUUUGAAGACCAGCCAGAAGGCAUCGACCUUGAGGUGGUUACCGAAAGCACAGGGAAGGAACGUGAGCACAACUUCCAGCCCGGAGACAACGUGGAAGUGUGCGAAGGGGAGCUGAUCAACCUUCAGGGCAAGAUCCUGAGCGUGGACGGCAACAAGAUCACCAUCAUGCCAAAGCAUGAGGACCUCAAGGACAUGCUGGAGUUCCCAGCCCAGGAGUUGCGCAAGUAUUUUAAAAUGGGGGACCACGUGAAGGUGAUUGCUGGGCGCUUUGAAGGCGACACAGGACUGAUCGUGCGCGUGGAGGAGAACUUCGUCAUCCUCUUCUCUGACCUCACAAUGCAUGAGCUCAAAGUCCUGCCUCGGGACCUGCAGCUCUGCUCGGAGACAGCCUCCGGUGUGGAUGUGGGUGGCCAGCACGAGUGGGGAGAGCUGGUGCAGCUGGACCCCCAGACGGUUGGUGUCAUCGUCCGUCUGGAGCGGGAGACCUUCCAGGUGCUCAACAUGUAUGGCAAAGUGGUGACGGUGCGGCACCAGGCAGUGAACCGGAAGAAGGACAGUCGAUUUGCAGUGGCGCUGGACUCGGAACAAAGCAACAUCCACGUGAAGGACAUAGUGAAAGUCAUUGAUGGGCCGCACUCGGGCCGUGAGGGGGAGAUCCGUCAUCUCUUCCGGGGCUUCGCCUUCCUGCAUUGCAAGAAGCUGGUGGAGAACGGGGGCAUGUUUGUCUGCAAGACCCGCCACUUGGUUCUGGCUGGAGGCUCAAAGCCCCGGGAUGUCACAAACUUCACCAUUGGUGGCUUUGCACCCAUGAGCCCUCGUAUCAACAGUCCCAUCCACCCCAGCGCAGGAGGACAGCGAGGUGGCUUUGGAGGGGGCGGGAUGAGUCGUGGUCGUGGGCGCAGAGACAAUGACCUCAUCGGGCAGACGGUGCGCAUUUCCCAAGGGCCCUACAAAGGCUACAUUGGUGUGGUCAAGGAUGCCACAGAAUCCACUGCCCGUGUUGAGCUGCAUUCCACUUGCCAGACAAUCUCUGUGGACAGGCAGCGUCUCACCACCGUUGGUUCAAGAAGGCCAGGCGGCAUGACCUCCACUUACGGACGCACCCCUAUGUAUGGCUCUCAGACCCCUAUGUAUGGCUCAGGAUCCCGUACACCCAUGUAUGGCUCCCAGACUCCGCUGCACGAUGGCAACCGAACUCCUCACUAUGGCUCUCAGACGCCCUUGCAUGAUGGCAGCCGGACUCCUGCCCAGAGCGGGGCAUGGGACCCCAACAACCCCAACACACCCUCCAGGGCGGAAGAAGAGUUUGACUAUGGUUUUGACGAUGAGCCCACCCCUUCUCCACAAGGCUACGGGGGAACUCCCAACCCACAGACUCCUGGCUAUCCUGACCCUUCUUCCCCGCAGGUUAACCCGCCGUACAACCCUCAGACGCCUGGCACACCAGCCAUGUAUAAUACCGACCAGUUUUCUCCGUAUGCAGUUCCAUCCCCUCAAGGCUCCUACCAACCUAGUCCCAGUCCUCAGAGUUUCCAUCAAGUGGCACCUAGUCCUGUAGGCUACCAGAACACCCACUCACCAGCCAGCUAUCACCCAACGCCAUCGCCCAUGGCUUACCAGGCCAGCCCCAGCCCUAGCCCAGUGGGCUACAGCCCCAUGACUCCAGGGGCUCCCUCUCCAGGAGGUUACAACCCUCACACCCCUGGCUCUGGGAUUGAGCAGAGCUCCAGCGACUGGGUCACCACCGACAUCCAGGUCAAAGUUCGCGACACGUAUCUGGACAGCCAGGUCAUAGGGCAGACGGGAGUAAUCCGCAGUGUGACUGGUGGAAUGUGCUCCGUCUACCUUAAGGACAGUGAGAAGGUGGUCAGCAUUUCCAGUGAGCACCUGGAGCCUGUCAUACCUACCAAGAACAAUAAGGUCAAAGUCAUCCUAGGGGAGGACCGAGAAGCCACUGGUGUCCUGUUGAGCAUUGAUGGCGAGGAUGGCAUUGUCCGCAUGGACUUGAAGGAACAGCUGAAGAUCCUGAACCUGCGUUUCCUUGGCAAACUGCUGGAGGCCUAGAGGGAUGGGAAAUCCAUUUUUUGUUCUCUUGUUGUGGCUUUGUAUGUUUUUAAGCACAUUGCCUUGUACAGAUUUGCUCCAGAGGGACAUUAUUUUUGUUCUGUCGCUUUUUACUUCCCCAGCCCAACAGAUGAUUUCUUGAGGUUUGGGGGUGGGAAGGGGGGACGCUAGUCUUGCAAUUGUGCAUUGUGAAUAAGUGACUUCAGCAGUGGACUCAUGGCAAGUGGAGGGCUGUCCUUUCCCCUUCUCUCUUGUAGUGCUUUAUGCCCUCUACAGAGAGAGAACUAUCCAGUGUGUAGCUUGUUUUAAUAAAAAUUCUCCCUGUGCACCCCAA